CUUACAGUCGUAAGGAGUACGCAGUUCGAAAAAUUGCAAGCAAAAUGCCCAGGAAUUUCUUUAUGCUCCUUUUUGGUGUUACGUUAUUAGUCGUCCUAAUAACGUUGGCUCAAGCUCAGCCACCUACUAGGCGACCAACAGCACCCACUAGGCGACCAACACCGCCCACAAGGCGUCCAACUAGACCACCGCCUACAAGAAGACCAACACCAUCUAUAGCACCAACAAGGCGGCCUGUACCAACCAGACCAUCUUAUCCAACCUGGAGACCCUCACCAACCAGGAGACCCACGCCUACCAGGAGACCGUCAUAGGAAAAUAAGUGUCAACCAAUGAAACAAAAAAUUUUUUGAACUGUUUAACUAUUUGAGAAAGGCUUUGGAAAUUUUAUAAAAUUUAGAAUCAUAUAUUUAA